CAGAACGCCCAUCGGAUUAUUGUGAAUCAAAUCACGCCAGUCGAUGAAGAAUGGUCGCAUUGUACAAUUAGUCACAAUUAGAAUCUUUGGGUGCAUGUUGGAGUUUUUUAUGUGAGAGAAAGAUAGAGAGUCAGAAGUCAUUUUUGACUUGCUCGAGAAAGACAGAGGUUUGAAGAGUGACUGUGUGAUGCAAGACCGGUUUUGACUCCCUAGUAUCAGAAAUCUGAGCCAGCAGAUUUAGCUUUGUUUUGGAUCUGUUGACCACUUUGGUAAAGGACGGAAAAAUCUGUUUCCGUGAGAAUUAGGCAAACUAGGGCCUAAUUCCAGCCAGCACCAGCAAACUAGGGCCUAAUUCCAGUCGGCAUAAACGACUUCAUGGCAACAGUUCACCUCCCAAGACAGUUGUUCAGCAAAUUACCACUUCAUGGAAUACAGGCAUAGGAUCCAGCAUCUGUGUGAGUGUUAAAGAUUCGACGUGAGUCUGGUUUGUGCUCUUUGAACGACUUCGCGAUGGCAUCCCUUUUGCAAAGGAUUUGGAAUGGUGGUCCAUCUCUAUGGCUGGCUGUAGCUGUGACUUGCAUGCUCCUGGGCAGCAGCCACACAUCCAUUCUGCCAGGAGCUUCAGAAAUGUUCCGGGCUGGAUUGGGUCUAGAUUUGACCGGAGGAAAAGUCCGAGAGCGCCGGCAUGUUGCCAAUGAGUCUUCCCUGAUGCAGAUUAUCGACGCCUUUGGCGCCAGCGGGGCGAUGACUAAGGAGCAACUGCAGAAGUUACAGACAGCGAUGAAUUCCCAGUGCCAUUCUGUAGACAAGCUCCUCUCGUAUCAUUCCUUAACCGAGGAGGAUUUGCUGAACAACACAGCGGCAGCACUGCAGGAAAUCUGCCCGUCCCUGCUCUACCAGACGGCCCUACAUUCAUGUUCGCAUCACGACCACGAGGACGAUCACCACCACGAUCAUGACCACGGUUACCAUGAAGGCGAAGAGCCGACCACAGCACAAGUUUGGGGCUACGGUAUCCUCUGUGUGACCAUCAUCAACCUGGGGUCGCUCAUGGGUGCUUUUGUCGUCCCAUGCAUGGACAAAAAGGUCUACAAGCUCAUUCUAACCUACCUCGUUGGACUGGCCGUGGGCACCCUGACCGGAAGUGCUCUCCUUCACCUGAUCCCCAAGACGUAUCAAGUGCAUGAGGAUGAUGUGGUAUGGAGAAAUACCUGCAUCUUGGCGGGUAUAUACAUAUUCUUUAUGGCAGAACGAUUCUUGAAGAUUUUUUCGACCAGAAAGGACUUGAACAGGGAGAAGAAACAACAGGAUGGCAUUACGCAUAUCUCAGGAAUGCACGAUAUGACACCACAUGACGAGCCCUACAAGAUCACCUCGGGUGACUCCGCCCUUGGGCUGAGCGAUUCCAUACCAACCCUUGAGACUAAGGAUGCUUUUGUGCAAAAAGACAAUGACCUGACCAAGAAUGGCAAAGUGCAUAUCGCCACGGUGGCUUACAUGAUCGUCUUCGGGGACGGCCUGCAUAACUUCGUAGACGGGUUAGCUAUCGGGGCUUCCUUCAGUACGUCACUGCUGGCUGGGUUCUCGACUUGCAUAGCGAUCGCCUGCGAGGAAUUCCCGCAUGAACUCGGGGAUUUCGCUAUUCUUCUGAAAUCUGGACUGUCUGUGAAACAAGCCAUGGCUUUCAAUUUCACGUCUGCCUUGGCUUGCUACAUUGGACUUGUGAUCGGCAUUGUCGUUGGCCGUCUGACAUCAGCAGAGCCUUAUAUAUUCGCACUGGCUGCCGGCAUGUUUUUGUACAUCGCCUUGGCUGACAUGCUUCCGGAGAUCUCCAACGUGGCUUCCAAGGACAACUUCAAACUCAGUCAAGAGCUGAAAAUCUUCCUGUUGCAGAAUGCCGGAAUUCUGACGGGGUUCGCCAUCAUGAUUUUGCUGUCCGUGUACCACCACCAAAUCCAGAUCAAAGGCUAGCUGUCCAUCGGGAAGAGCAGAUUGGGUGGACUUCACGAGCCGUCAACAUGGUCUCGACAUAAACUUUUAUAACACCAUUAGAUUCAACUCGAAGCCACCGGGGUACGCCCUUACCUCAUCUUCCUACGUGCACCCAUGGGCGUUAAUAUGACGUCUGUUCACGCACCAUAGAUGUUAUAUUGUAGUCCAUGGGGCGCAGUCGCGCAUCUAAAAUUCAGUCUUUCUUGCGUGCUCGUAAAGAGGUUAACUCCAGUGAUCCUUUCCACAAGGUAUAGAAUUAUUGUAAAAUGAGACGCAAGAUCCAAGUACUUUGCUUUGUAGCUAGCCGUUAGAACGGUUACACUGAAUAAUUUGUAAUGUUAUGAGUUCUGAAAAAAGGGGGUUGAUUUGGUUUGUGGAUGUUGCUGUGAGAACUAAAUUCUAUUUUUAUAUGUGGUGGAAACGAAGCCGUCUGUGGGGCAUUGGGAAUUCCUAAUAUCGCACUGGCGUCAGUGACCCCUGUUAAUAAAAUUGAAAUGAAAAUAUCUUGUUUGGUUGCCUGAUCUGCAAAGGUGAAAUGUUAAUCGGGAAAGUUAGCAUAAAGGUAUUUAGCAUUUCUUUUUUAAACAAAUGACAAUAUUUUAUUCAGAUGAGUUCGGGUAACUAAAGUGUGUUUUUCUAUAAAUAAAAAUAAAAAUCUGCUUGUAUAUAUUUGUACUUUGGGACAUAUUUUUAGAAUAAACGUUUUAUGAAGUACUAGUGCAGGUAUUAGCAUCUACCAAAUAAUCGAUGGAUACUAGUCAUGUUAAUGAGUGCAAUCGAAUGUUCUAUUCUAUGAAGCAAAGCUGCAUGGAAUGGAACUUGCCACAAGCAUACGAAAGCACACCAUGCAUUUCCACAAACUGCCAGGCCUGUAGGUAUGCAACUGGUAACCUGCAGUUCACUUUUAGUUUUCUUUCUCCCACGCACGCCAUUCUGAGUAAAACAUUUCCUGCCUGAAGAGAGAAUCCAAUUUUCUGAAAUGGAGACUUCCAUUUGUGUGUAUGAUUUUUUAUGUUUAACUGCCUGAGAGAUUUCCAGUUAUCAUUGAUGACUGGCUUCAAGCCUGUAAUUACUUUAUGAAUUUCAGAACUUUACUUUUUACCGUUUUCGUCAUAGCAGUGACACUUAAUAAGUCACUAAUAUUUUUACUUCAGUAGUGUGAAAACUAGAAGUAUGUAAAUCAGUUGUAGUAGGCCUAUUUGAAACUUGCGUUUCCUGUUCAUGGUUUCCCAAGAAAGUGUGAUUGUACAGGUUUGCAUUGAAGCCAUCUUAAGGGGACAGUUCUUAUAUUCAAAAUUAUUUGCACAGAUGGGGUUUCAUUUAGGAACCAAAGAUCUGCCCUACAAGAUGGCUUCCACGCAAAGCCUCUACAGAAUGUGCUGUGUUGUAAAUGUGAAGUGGAUCAGCGGACUUGCACAGUCUCCAAAAACACAUAUAUCAGUGAUUGUAUGUACCGGCGUAUCAUGGUGGCCAUUCCCCGACUCCCCCCCCCCCAAAAAAAAGUUUUUGAAAAAUAGUCAGAGAAAGGCGGCUUGGGGAUCGAUUUCAUUUGGUGUUAUUACAUUAAGUAGUAAAAAGCCCUCAAAUAUUGCCUGAAGUACUCCCAGUUAAGGCAAUAAAACGCUACAUGAAACAUCCCAAAUUCCCCUCCCCCACAAAAUAACAAAAGGACAUUAGCAAGUAGUCUCAAUCGAGCCGCAAGCUAUAGGGAAAUGUAAUCCUUUGCUAUUUCCCCAUUCCCAUUGAUAGCGUCGUUUGAGACCAAGUUAUGAUCCACUACUGUAGAAUCUGCCUGAUUCAUUAGAGAGAAGUUGCACUUUCCUUCCCUUCAAAACAGUACCCGAAGGUUUACGAUAUGGAUCCAGCACGAUCAUUUGCGUACAGGAAAUUGCAGAAGUUCGGGGUCCGAUUUUUGUGUCCCUGUUACAUCCAACCAUUGUUAUUGGACAUGAAAAUAUCACCGGAAUUGAUUUCAAACUAUUACCAGUUGUAUAGCAGGUAAUUUCCAUCAACUCAACACUCUUGGAAAUUAGAAAAUUUGUUCUGAACUUUAAAAAAUCAUGUCAGAUAUGACAGGGACACGAAAAAAUGGACCCCUAAUUUUUGGAAUUACCCAUACACGUACAUGUAUUCAGGUGCGAUUUAAAAUAUUCUAGUUGUAAGGUUUAAUUAAGAUGUUUAACUUUUUUUGGUUUUGUUUUAAUUUCAAACCACUUGAGUGUAGGAUGCAGUUAACUCUAGAGGAUUAAAGUAUGUAUCAGUAAGUUUCAUUUUCUUUCAA